ACCGCUAACGUUCCUCAGUAAACUACAAUUCCCUGCAUUUCUUGGGGAGUUUCCCCAUGAGCCAUUUCGCUCACCGUCGCAGUUCGCUGACAUUGGUGACCGUGAUCUCUGCUUACCAUUUAUAUCGUAUCUAGCCGAAUUAUACUGUAAAUAUGAAAAUAUCAAGUUUUAUUGGUUUCCUGCAACGUUCACUGAUGCAUCUGGAAUAUAGAAUUGUGCAGGCUGCAAGCCUUGAUAGGCAAUUAGCUCCAGCUGUGGCUGUGCAGGGACCCGGCCUCCUGAAACUGCCCCAGUCUGAGAGUGCAGAGUGGGGCCAGAGCACUUUGCUGGACAGCAUACUGUGGAUGGCGGCCCCCAAGAAAAGACGCACUAUAGAGGUCAACCGGUGCCGAAGACGAAACGAACACAAACUUAUUCCCGUUAAGAACAACAUAGUUCCCUGUCCAGAGUGUGGACACCUGAAGCAGAAGCACAUCCUGUGUGGAUUCUGCUACGAGAGAGUCCGCCGGGAAACGGCUCUGAUCCGAGGACAGAUCCAAGCCAUGGAGGGGGGGCCGCUGAAGAACCCAGCGGUGGAGACCGUGGUUCUGUACGAAAGCGAGAAUCCAGGAGAAGCCGAUGGGGCAAAGCGCACCGUCGAGACGAAACGGAAGCGGCCGACCUGGUUUAACCUGACGUCAUGAUCCGCUUGUGUUUUGGACCUUAUGGUUCAGCUGUAUGUUGACUUUUGACAACAUAAAAUAAUGUUUUAUCUAAGCCGUCGUGAAAGGAAAUCUGCACCAAUGUUAUACUUCCCAUGAAAAUAAAUACAAUAUUUAUCAACAA